CUGACCUAGACCCUUUUAACAGCACGUUGCAGUGUGUCUGGUGCCGAAAGCCGACCUCGACAGAAUCGAAAAUGGCACAGCACCUCGCUCACGAUUCGGUCUGGUUGGACAAAUACAAGUACGACGACGCUGAAAAGCAGUACUUGACCUAUCUUAACAGGGACCAGAUUGCUCAGGCUAAGACAUCGUCCCAAAGCUCACUAGUCGAUAAAAUAGCCCAGGCUCGACUGCAAAUUAAAAACUCUCUACAGUCAGGCGACACGCUGGGAAAGUGCAGCGGCAGCUCCCAAGACGACGGAUGGCAGAAGAAGCUGCUUCAAGAGCACGCAGAGCUUAAGAGCGCUCUCCAGGACAUUGUGAACGCCGUGCGUAAGAUGGAAGCCCGUCUUUCUGAGCUGGAAAGGGUGUGCCCCGCUGGAAUGCAGAAGCCCAAGGAAGCUGUGCCAAAGAAGGCUACAAACCAUGUGCCUGCCAAAAAGGAAGCGGAGGAGGAGGAGGACGACGACGUGGAUCUCUUCGGUUCGGAAGAGGACGAAGAGGCGGAUAAGGCGAGGGAAGAGCGUCUGAAAGCCUACCACGAGAAAAAAUCCAAGAAGCCCCAAGUGGUCGCCAAGUCGAGCAUCGUGCUGGACAUCAAGCCGUGGGACGACGAGACCAACAUGAAGUCGAUGGAGGUGGAGGUGCGCAAGAUCGCCAUGGAGGGCCUCAUCUGGGGAGUCUCCAAGCUCGUCCCCCUGGCUUACGGGAUACAGAAGCUGCAGAUUGUGUGCGUCGUAGAAGACGACAAGGUCAGCAUCGACGAGCUGCAGGAGAAGAUCGAAGCCAUAGAAGAACUGGUGCAAAGCGUGGACAUCGCCGCUUUCAACAAGAUCUAAGUUAACGGUGUGGAAACUGUCGUGAUUGAAUAAAGAUUGGUUCUUUUUUGCA